AUGAAGGAUAAUAUACCAAAUAAAGUAGUAGUUGUAAGUGGUGGAGCCAAUGGUUUUUGCAGAUUACAGGUGGAAGGAUUAUUGAUGUGUGGUGCGCAUGUGAGCAUAAUAGGUAAAAAUGAACAGUUCACCAGGCAGAUUGCUCUCGAAUUACAAAACAAAUACGGCGAAGACAGGGUCUUAGCAUGUAUGGGAAUAGAUUUAACAAAUUUCAGCCAAGCUUUCAAAGCUAUUGAAGCUACCAUAUUUCAAUUUGGGCGCAUCGAUAUGGUAAUAGGUGGCACAGCAAGUAAUUACCUAAGAGAUUAUAGUCACAUAUCAAGCUGUGGCUGGGACAAAAUAGUUGAAAUUGAUUCUGAAGCAAGCAUAAAUUUAGCGGUGGCCUCCAACGAGCAGUUAAGCAGAAGUAUGGGUAAGUUCUUAUACUUGGAUCCCACCGUUCAUGGGUAUGAAGUUGAGUUUGCCAGUGUGAUGACCGACUCUAGUAUGGAGAAAUGUUUUGACAUCCUAUUGUCACUGGGUGUAGAGGUGUUACACAUGAAGAAGAAUAGCUGGGAAGAAAUAAUACACCACACGAUCAGCACACUUUAUCCCAGCGAAUCUAUGGCAAAUCGCGUGCUAGCUGAAGUGAUGUCUAUAUCGAAGAAUGUUAUGAAAGGAGGGCUAUACAGGGUAACCACCUCAAAGGAGGUUCGCUUGGGUGCUGCUCCAAUUGAGAGUAGGCUAUAA